AAUACUAAAUCAAAACGUUUUAGAAAGAAGAAAUUAUCAAUGUAGAUAUAUCAUAGACUACAGCCAAAGAAGAAAUAUGAAGGUUUUCAUUUUGCUAAGAGGAUUCAUUUUCUUUGCCUUAAUUUCUUUUGGAAUUGCUGAUCUUGAUUCAUCACAUGAAGAAUACACAAACCUUGAUACCCCAGCUAAAGAUGAAACAGACUUGGACAGUGGCCCUUCAGAUGUGGCGUCAGUCAGUAAAUUCAUCAAGGAAUUCCAUAGAAAGAUGGACGAUGAGGCGUACUGGACCCCAGAGAAGGCAGAAGCACCACAGGCCCCGCUGGACCCUGGCCCUCAAAACAGCCCUGUAGUGGCUGACAACCAGACGUCAGUUGUGCCUGUGGCGGGAGCACCAGUGUCAGACAGCGAGGAUGAACACAACGCCACGUCCGUAGUCAACUGCAAGAUGGAGAGACAAGCAGGAUCCCUCACAGUGGAGCUGGUAAACUCUACCCGGUUGGUAACCCUGUUGACAUCUGAUCUCAACAUCACCAGUCGCAGUCAGAAGGCCGAGUGUGCCGUGUUGCUGUUCUACGCUCGGACUUGUCCAUUCAGCUGCAUGGCGGCUCCACACUUUAAUGCUCUACCUCGCGCAUUCCCUGCUAUCAAGAUGGCUGCUGUAAAUGCGCUGCAGUAUCAGACUUUCAACACACAAUAUGGCAUUGUCGGGGUUCCUACAGUGAUGCUGUUCCACAAUGGCAGACCUGCAGCCAAGUUCAACGACAGUGAACAUACACUGGAGAUGUUCACGAGGUUCAUCACCAGACACUCAGGUAUCCCACCAGAGGAGAAGAUGUUUGUGACGUCAGCGGACUUCGGAGGUCCCGUCCCCUCAGUGGUGGCCAAGGAGACGGACUACUGGCUCGGUCUGGCGUGGCUCGUCAUAGCUGUUGUGGGGGGAGUGGGCGUGGCCAAGUCUCCCAUGUGGCACAACAUUGUAGAAGCUGUGCAGAACUCGUGGCGAGAGGCCGAAGCGGAGCAACAUUUCCACGCGGAUUGAUCUCUCGACUGGUGAUGCGAAAUAUGUGUGCGUAGGAGAUUUAAAGUUUAAAAGACGUAAAAACUGAUUACAGUGUAAUAAUAGUAAGUGUUGUAAUAAUAAAUAAAAUACUUAGUACUACAUCAAAUACGUUUUGUAAGAAAGUAACUUAUACCUACAAACUCAAACUAGAUCACUUCAUGGACAUUAAAAAUAUACUAACAAAGCUUACAUAUAAGUUCAUUUUAAAAAAUCUGGGAAAAAAAAGCUAGGAAGAUCCAAAUAACAAUAUUGGGAACUUUAUAAACAAUAGACCACUCAUUAACAAGAGAACAUUGGGAUAAUAAAAACGAGAAUGGAGUGAAAGAUUGUACACUCAUUUGAACAAAUUUGUUCAUGGCCAAUGAAGAUGAAUUGUAUAUUGUUUUUUGAAAUUUGGAAAUUUCCUUUGUUAUUAAAAACCAAUCAAGACAAUUGGUUAAUUUGUUUCUUAACCGUAAAAACCGUUUUCAUCACAAUUCUUAAAUUAGUUUUUAGAUUUGUAUUGUAAUUAUUGUAUAUAUAGGAAGUUGUUUUGUUAUUUAAUAAAAUGUGUGUUGUUUUUAAUUAGUUUUAUUACAGCAUCCUUUGUUGUUAUCAUAAUUGGUAAAUUUAAUUUGCCACUGUGGCUACUAAGAAAUGAUUGGAAUAUAGUGAAAUAAAUAAUAAAUCUUUGUAUUUACUAUUUAGUAA